AUGCCGAUUCCUCCUGUGCUUGUCAAUGCUAAUUCUUCUUCACCACUUUCAUUCCUUGAUCUCUCUUGGAAUCAUCUCAACUCCUCCGUAUUCCCAUGGCUAUUCAAAUAUACCAAUAGCCUUGUCUUUCUUAACCUUGGGGUUAACAACCUUGGUUCAAUUCCAAGAGCUUUUGGGAAUAUGGUAGCUCUUGUUCAUCUCGACCUCUCUGGCAACAACCUUGAAUCAAUUCCAAGAGCUUUUGGGAAAAUGGUAGCUCUUGUUCAUCUCGACCUCUCUGGAAACAACCUUCGAGGGGUGAUGCCACGAACUUUGGAGAAUCUUCACAACUUGCAAGUAUUAGACUUGUCUUACAAUAAUAUAAGUGGAGAGGUACUUGAUCUUUCAAAUUUCUCUUUCUUGAGAGAGUUGCGUCUAUCCCACAACCGGUUAAAUAGAAGUUUAACCAAAAGUGUGGGAGAACUUUCUAUGCUCCAAGUUCUAGCUGUGUCUUCAAAUUCUUUAGAAGGCGAUGUCACUGAAGCACACUUGUCAAAUCUUUCCAGUUUAAAUCAAUUGGACUUGUCUUUUAAUUCUUUGUCAUUGAAGUUUAGUUCAAAUUGGGUUCCCCCAUUUCAUCUGGAUAUCAUAAGAUUGAGUUCUUGCAAAUUGGGGUCAGCGUUUCCUCAAUGGCUUCAAACACAAAAGAAUUUUUCAGAGCUUGAAAUGUCAGAUGUAGGAAUUUCAGAUACUAUCCCCAACUGGUUUUGGAACCUUUCUUCCAAUAUAAAGCUCUUAAAUCUGUCCCACAACCAUAUCAAGGGUACCAUACCUCUUCAUUGCUCUGGACUAGAAUCAUUGGAUUUGCAUAACAACAAUUUUAUCGGAGAAUUGCCGAAGUCAUUGAUAAACUGCUCUUCGUUGAAGCUACUGGAUCUUGGAGAAAACAGACUCUCCGGAAGGAUUCCAACAUGGAUAGGCACAAGCCUACCACAAUUGAUUGUUCGUCGUUUGGCAUCAAACUUGUUCAUUGGUCACAUACUGUUGCAAUUAUGUCAUCUAACUUCUCUCCAAAUUUUGGACCUCUCUCACAACGAUAUUAGAGGAACUAUACCAAAAUGCCUCAAUAACUUCACUGUCAUGGCUCAAAUGCAAAGCUCAAAAGUAAGCAUUUCUCAUGUUUACCCUUUGCGGUUGUCCUCCCAUCGGUAUGCCUUUUCCACCUACCUGGACAAUUUCUUGGUGGCUUUCAAAGAAAAAUAUCUCGAGUAUAGUAAAACUCUUGGACUAGUAAAAGUCAUCGAUCUUUCAAGCAACAAAUUGCAAGGUGAAAUUCCAAAAGAAAUAACAAGUCUCGCGGGAUUAAUUGGGUUAAAUCUAUCUAGAAACUUGUUGAUCGGCAUCAUCCCUCAUAAUAUUGGUGACAUGGAGAGAUUGGAGUCUUUGGACUUGUCAAAAAAUCACCUUUCAGGUAUAAUUCCGCCAAACCUUGUUGAUUUGAGCUUCCUAAGCUGCUUGAUUUUGUCAAACAACAGCUUGUCAGGUAGAAUCCCAACAGGUACCCAACUCCAGAGUUUCAAUGCUUCUGCAUAUAUAGGUAACCAAGAUCUUUGUGGCUUGCCUCUUUUGAAAAGAUGUCCGGGAGAUCAAGCAGCUCAAGGUCCUCGAACUAGCGGCAUUGAUGGAGAAGGCAAUAAUCAAGAACAUGCAAACUCUCACGAACAUUUAUGGUUUUAUACUAGCAUUGUACUUGGAUUCAUUGUUGGAUUUUGGGGUGUUUGUGGAUCGUUGCUAUUGAAAAGUUCUUGGAGGCAUGCCUAUUUCCAGUACCUUGAGAGAAUAGGAGAUUGGCUCUAUGUAACAAUAGCUAUCGGCAUGGCCAAAUUACUGAGAAAGUGAAGGACUCGAUCAGUGCUAACAAGAAAACCUUUAGUCAAGGUAGAAAUGUUGUUUUCAGUAAUUGCCCUUCCUUUCAAAUAAUUCAUUCUUGAAGUUUCGUUGUCGGUUAUCUUCUGUAAACUGUUAUG